AUGUCCGGGAGCAGGUCGCACUUCGACGAGCUCCAUGACGACGCCUUGGGCCCAUCCUCGGCUGCGGAAGAGUUUCAAGAUGUGUUUCAGGAACUUGGACUCGACCCAUACGUGACCACGUUGGGGCUGACUCAGGAGAACCCUACAAUGAGGCAGCUUGCAAAUGCCACUCAAGCGAAUGCAGUGUCGGGCCUAAUUGAACUGGCAAAACUGCCCAGAGACGAUCAGGACAAUGAUUUGGGAUCGCCGAGCAAACGAUACCGCAUGGACCCGUCCGAUGAUAACAAGGCGACACCCGUUCGUCAGCGAGCCAACAACAAGCCCCGUAAAAAACGAGGAACCCAGUGUGACAAACUCAAGAUCGAAAAGAACAGUAACCGCAAGCACAACGGCAGUCAGAAUCAUGUUGCAGAGGUUCCUAGGACGCCGGAUCAGAGCAGAAAUUAUCCGGCAGAAGAAUCGUCUUCCAAUUUCUUGAAUCGCCUGAAUAUUCCUGAAAACUCUGUAUCGGAUAGAGAAAGGAAGAACCAGGGCCUGCGUCACUUUAGUGCAAGGGUUUGCCGUUCCGUCGAGGCUAAAGUCUCGACCACAUACAAUGAUGUUGCUGAAGAGCUCGUGAACGAGUUCAAAGAGAGCAACUGCGCAGAUUAUGGCGAUGAUAAGAACAUCCGAAGGCGUGCAUAUGAUGCGUUGAACGUCCUGACGGCCAUGGGGAUCAUAUCGAAAGAUAAGAGAGACAUCAAGUGGAAAGGUUUCCCUCCGAUGAAGUCAGAGAAUGGUUCCAACUCGAAUCCGGCCCUGUCCAAAGAGAGGAGUCGACUGCUGCAGGAGAUCGAAAACAAGAAGAAGGAAGUUGAGGACAAGAAUACGCUUGUUCGUGACCUUGCUACUCAAUUUGUUAGCUUGAAACGUCUGCUGUCGAGAAAUGAGCUUACUGAACAUGAGCCGUGCCACCAGAAGAAGAUCUACUUGCCAUUUGUGAUAGUUAAUACGGAUAUGGAUAACUCGGUCGUGUGUGAAAUUUCUCAGGAUGAGAAGUUCGCUGAGAUUAAUUGUACGAAACCAUUCAAGCUUUACGAUGACAGGGGCACGCUAUCGAAGAUGCAACUCCACUUAUGCUCGGAGAGUGAACUGAACCAGAUUUUGCCAAAUCCUGGUCUUGUUCCAUUUGUACAGACGAUGCAGAACAAAACAAACUGUGGGGUCGAAAAUCUAGCACAAAACAAGACAUGUAUUGCUCGGGAAGAUGACUUCAAGACCAGCGGGUGUGAGAAGAUGAGUGACGACGAUGUUGAUGGGGUUCACGAUGAUCUUGACGACGAUGUGGAUGCUGAAGAAGAUGAUUCAUGA